UAUAAAAUAUAGUAUACAUAUUAUAUAGAUAUGAAGGGCACCGUGCUUCUAUCGCUGUUGUUGACUAUUGGCCUAUCUGCAAAAAUAUGGAUAUUGUCGGCCGAAAUACAAAAUAACCCAGAGCCAAAUAACCAAGCAUAUGACGUAUCGCAGCAACUCAAUAAUGUUGCCGAGCAAAGGAGGCAAGAUUUAGUUGCAAGCAAAAAAGCAAAAGACAAAAUCACACGCGAAUCUGUGGAUGCAUAUAAAAAUAAGAAGAGGCGUUCGAAGCAGUCCAAGAAAUCUAGUAAAAAAUCAAAGAAAAACAAUGCUAAACGUUACCAAAAACUAUACAAAAAGGGAUAUAAACAAAAUAGGGCAACUGAUUCUACUGUACCAGGGAAGAACAACCAAAAUAACAAGGUUUUCAGAGUUAAGAAAACCGUAGAGAUUGUAAUUGACGCUCCUAAAACAAAUAAACCCAAAUCUGUUUCUGAACAAUAUAACAAGAAUAUAACACGUGAAGCUGUAACCGAACAAGACAUAAUUGAAGCGCCAAAGACAACUUCCGGUCCUAUUACAAACAUUGCAUAUCCUUCUAGUAACAAAGAUGAACGUCUAAGUGAACCUACUACAGCAAUACCCUUAGUUGAUGAUGUUGAUAGAUCAAGGACACCAUCGAAUGAUAUUACAAAGGGAAAUGAUGAACCGGUCAUGACGAAGAGCUUGGGUGAAACCCCAACAAAUAUCUCCCGUACUGCUGCAGAAUCAAAGGUAACACCAUAUGUAGAUGACGCAGUAACUACAAAUGCACAGAGCUCAACACGCAUAGAAACCGAUUCAGCCUCAAACCCAAGGGAUGACAAGCAAUAUAGGGCGAAUACUCCAGCAGAUUUCUCAAAUAAAGAAAUCCCCAGUGUAAAUAACAAUGGAGCACUGCCACCAAAGUUACUAAACAAUGGUAAUAUAAGCAGCCCGCCAAAUAAUGCGGUGCCUUCAGUCGUUCCUAAAACCAAAGUGGAUGACACUACGAUAUACACGGAUGUAUCAACAAAAGACUCUGAGGAAGAAGCCAGUACAAAAUACCCGUAUGAAAGUUACGAUGAUGAUAAAACACAGAGUUCUGUUGUAGAGAAAGAGAAUGUCUUAGGUAAUGUUUCCACCAUAGGGAAUGUGGAUGGGUAUCAAGGUGAUAGUGACAGUGUUAGUAAUGAAACGUUAAAUAAUUUGAAGGCAGCUGCUGCAGAACAAAGCGCAUUUAAACCGUCAAUUGAAGCUCCCAUGAUGGGUACUGAAUUGUCAAACACUACGGCGGAUCUACAACCAAGCGAUUUGAAGCCCGAUAAUUUUGUGAAUUAUACUACGGUUAAACCACCUUCCCCGGGAGGUGACUCUCUAAAUUAUCCUUCCAAUAUUGAGGCGUCUUAUGGAAAUGAAGCAAUCGAUAAGAAUGAUUUUGCAACUGAAGAAGGGGUGACCGAAGAAGAUUUACGAGGGGGUUUAAAUGCGCAAUUCUUAGAGACUGAGACAACCAUAGACGAUGAUACUGAAGAUCCUUCGCCUGAAAAGACAGCACCUGAAAUACCCAAGACCGAAGAGGAAUCGAAAGAUGUGGAUGAUGAAAAUCAGGUUGAAGUAGCAGCCACAAAUGUUCCUGAAAAAAGUGAAGAACCGGAUGAACUAGAGGAAGGGGCAUCCCCAAGAGGUCUAAGAGCAAAAGGAAAAGGUGGGAACAAGAAGCCAAAAGGUAAAAAACCUAGCAAAGCCAAGAAUGCUUCUAAAAAGGCUGCAAAGAAACCAAAAAAAGCUGCGAAAAACUCUAAAAAACAGAAAAAGCCAAAGCCCAAGAAGGGUAAAGGAGCUAAGGCAAAUUCUGGUAAAAAUGCCAAAAAAGCUAAAAAGGAUAAGAAGAAAUCAAAGAAAGAUGCAAAGGAGUCAGAAAAGAAAGAUAUGGAUAACUCAACCCUCGGGAGCACUGCCGUAAUGGUUGAGCCAAAGUCGGACUCUAAGUAUACCGAUACAGUAGGAGAAUUAAAUUCUCAAGGUGAUGGUGUACAGCCAUUGGUAGAGAAUCCUACAAAUUCUACUGACGUCGUAACGAACGAAGCUGAUAAACAGGGUGAAGCAACGAAGGAUCUGAAAGGCGAUAAAGCUGACACAACUACGAAUGAAAUGCUUAUAAAAGAUGAACCUGUCACAGAUAGUUUAACAGCUACAACAAGUGAUGCUAUAGGUGUUGAAGGAAGUGAGGUACAAUCCACAAUGGAGCCAAUGGAUAUUGGUGAAGAAGGCGAUGAAGAAAUGAUUGCAGAUGAGGAUUUAGUUGAAGAACUUCCCGAAGAUGAAGGAUUAGAUGAUGUGGCGGCAGAAGAUAUGGAAGAAACAUCAAACCUAUGAGAGAAGUGUUAAUUGUGUAGAUUAUAUGCAGCACUAAAGC